AUGAAUAUCAUAUCAGCUUCUGAAGACAAUGCAAAAGUUUCACUUGAGCUUGAAGGUCGACAAUUCACAUAUUCGGAGGUCUUGAAGAUUACUGAUAACUUCAAGAGGGUUCUUGGCAGAGGAGGAUUUGGAACAGUUUACCAUGGCAACUUGGAUGACAAUACUCAACUAGUUGUGAAAAUGCUUUCUUCCUCUUCAAGGAAACGACAUAAAGAGUUUUAGGCAGAGCUUAAACUUCUGAUGAGAGUACAUCAUAGAAACCUAACAAAUCUUGUUGGGUGCUGCAAUGAGGGCGCCCAUUUGGCACUUAUAUAUGAAUACAUGGCUAAUGGAAACCUACAGCAGCAUCUUUUUGAUAGUAGAAGAAACGUCUUGAGUUGGGAAGGAAGACUUCGGAUGGCAGUGGAAUCAGCACAAGGACUUGAAUAUUUGCAUAAUGGCUGCAAGCCAGCAAUAGUUCACAGAGAUGUGAAGUCCACAAAGAUCUUAUUAAAUGAAAAAUUCCAGGCCAAACUUGCUGAUUUUGGGCUGUCUAAGUCUUUUCCCACUGAAAAUAACACUCAUGUGUCCACGAUUGUGGCUGGCACUCCAGGAUACCUUGACCCUGAGUAUUAUGCGACAAACAAGUUAACAGAAAAGAGCGACGUGUACAGCUUCGGUGUCGUUCUCUUGGAGAUAAUAACUUGCAAGCCAGUUAUUGCGAGAAUCGACGAGCAUGAGAAGAUUCCCAUGAGAGAUUGGGUGAGUUCUUUGGUUGCCAAAGGUGACAUAAAGAGCAUUAUUGAUUCAAGAUUACAAGGAGACUUCAGCCUUAAUUCUGUGUGGAAAGCUGUUGAAGUAGCAAUGGCUUGUUUAGCUCUUACUGGUCAUAGAAGGCCAACCAUGAGUCGUUUGACGGAGUUGAGUGAGUGUUUGGCUUCUGAGAUGGCUAGGACACAGUCGGGCCAUGGUUUGGAUUCAAAUGACUCGGUUGAUCGGAUGAUUAGUAUGAAUCUUGGUAGUGUAUCAUGUCCCGGAGCAAGGUAA